AUUUAUACGGCUGUGAAAAACUUAACAGUGAAAUUUUGUUAACGCAAUUCAUAAACUCAACAAAAAUUAGAAUUGCAAGAUUUGAUAAUAUAUUUGGAGAGGGUAAUAAAUGGGUUGGAAGGGGAGAGAAUGUUCUGGCUUCGUUAAUUCGUAAGGCCAUUUGCUCAGUUAAUAAACAAAGCUAUUAUGAAAUAGAGUUAAAGGAUUCUGAAGAUCAAUGCCAAAGUUUUUUAUAUAUCAAAGAUUGUAUCGAUGCUAUCCUUAGAUUAAUGGAAAGUGAUUAUUCUAAACCAUUAAAUAUUGGAUCCGGCAAUGCUGUUUCAAUAAGAGAAUUGGCAUAUAUUGCUUUCGAAACUAUUGGAAUAACAAGGGAAAAAGUUAAAUUGGUAAUAGAUGAGAACAAGACUGUAAAUGUUCAAAAAUAA